AUGUACAAUAAUUCUCCUGUACCCGUGGCUAACUCUUUCCAACAUUUGUUGCACCUGAACGAAAAUGGGAAAUCUACUGAGGUUGUGAAGUCUGCUCAGAAAACUAAUAAAAGUAGUUCCAAGGAGUUGGAGUCCAACGAUAAAGAAGAUAAUUUGGCACAAAACAAGGAGGGUGAGAAACAUGUUGAAGCAUGCUUAUCUCCCCAAAAUACUGUAAAUGAUAGUUCAAAGGCUAUAACCACUUAUACAGAGAUACCUCAGGCAGAGAAAGAUAAAACUGGACCAUUAAUGAUAACAGAACAUGGUGAGUCCGAUGAAGACAACACUAGUGAAUAUGCAUCUGAUGAAUCCGAUGAAGACAUAAGGGAUGAAGAAGACAAAUAUGAAGAGUGCAAUUCUACGGAUGAAGAAGAGCUUUUAAAUGCUUUUGCUCCAAGAACCUCAUGGAAAGACCAGUCUGGAGAGAUUGCAGUGGAAGAUCAGACAAAGGAUCUCAUCAUGAAAGGGAGUUUAUCACCUAGGCAGGGUGAGAAAAAUAAGAAAAAAGAGAAAAAUGCUACUGGAGAUCUCGCCCCUCUCACUAGGGCAAAGAUCAAAGCCAAACAAAUUGUUCCCCAAUCUCAUCCAUUUAAUGAUUAG